AUGUCUGGUUCAGGUUCUUGUGGUGGUAGUUGUAGUAUUGUAUGGUUUAGAAGAGAUCUUAGGGUUGAAGACAAUCCAGCUUUAGCUGCAGCUGUAAGAGCUGGUCCUGUAAUUGCAGUGUUUGUAUGGGCACCAGAGGAAGAAGGACACUAUCAUCCAGGUAGGGUUUCUAGGUGGUGGCUCAAGAACAGUUUGUCUCAGCUUGAUUCUUCUCUUAGAAGCCUUGGCACUUGUCUCAUCACCAAGAGAUCUACUGAUAGUGUUGCUUCGCUUCUUGAGGUUGUUAAAUCCACUGGUGCUUCCCAGAUCUUCUUCAACCAUUUGUAUGAUCCCUUAUCCCUGGUCCGUGAUCACCGAGCUAAGGACGUUCUGACAGGGCAAGGCAUAGCGGUUAGAUCGUUCAACGCGGAUUUGCUUUAUGAGCCUUGGGAAGUGACUGAUGAAUCAGGACGUCCUUUCUCCAUGUUUGCUGCCUUUUGGGAAAGAUGCCUUAGCAUGCCUUAUGACCCUGAGUCUCCUCUUCUCCCACCCAAGAAGAUCAUUUCAGGGGAUGUGUCGAAAUGUAUCUCGGAUACGUUGGUCUUUGAAGAUGAAUCAGAGAAAGGAAGCAAUGCACUUCUUGCUCGUGCUUGGUCUCCGGGCUGGAGUAAUGGUGAUAAAGCUCUCACAACGUUCAUAAACGGACCAUUGAUUGAAUACUCUAAGAACCGCAGAAAAGCCGAUAGUGCAACAACCUCGUUUCUUUCUCCACACUUGCAUUUUGGGGAAGUGAGUGUGAGAAAAGUUUUCCAUCUUGUUCGGAUCAAACAGGUUGCAUGGGCAAACGAAGGAAACCAGGCUGGGGAAGAAAGCGUUAAUCUUUUCCUCAAAUCGAUUGGUCUCAGGGAAUAUUCUAGAUACAUAAGCUUUAACCAUCCAUAUUCCCAUGAAAGACCACUUCUUGGUCAUCUAAAGUUCUUCCCUUGGGCUGUGGAUGAGAACUAUUUCAAGGCCUGGAGGCAAGGCCGGACCGGAUAUCCAUUAGUCGACGCUGGGAUGAGAGAGUUAUGGGCUACCGGUUGGUUGCACGAUCGCAUAAGAGUAGUUGUUUCAAGCUUCUUUGUUAAAGUGCUUCAGUUGCCAUGGCGAUGGGGGAUGAAGUAUUUCUGGGACACCCUUCUAGAUGCGGAUUUAGAAAGUGAUGCUCUUGGUUGGCAAUACAUAACUGGUACUCUCCCAGAUAGUCGGGAGUUUGAUCGCAUAGAUAACCCUCAGUUUGAAGGGUACAAGUUUGAUCCGAAUGGGGAAUACGUAAGGCGAUGGCUUCCAGAACUUUCUAGACUUCCAACAGAAUGGAUACAUCAUCCAUGGAACGCACCUGAAUCCGUGCUUCAAGCUGCUGGUAUCGAGCUUGGAUCAAACUAUCCUCGACCAAUUGUAGGAUUAGAUGAAGCCAAAGCACGGCUUCAGGAAGCGCUUUCACAGAUGUGGCAACUAGAAGCUGCUUCAAGAGCUGCAAUAGAGAACGGAUCCGAAGAAGGACUUGGAGAUUCUACUGAGGUGGAGGAGGCUCCUAUCGCGUUCCCCAGGGACAUCACUAUGGAAGAGACUGAACCAACUAGACUCAAUCCAAUCAGGAGAUAUGAGGAUCAGAUGGUUCCAAGCAUUACGACUUCUUUGAUCAGACCUGAAGAGGAUGAAGAGUCAUCUCUGAAUUUGAGAAAUUCAGUAGGAGAUAGCAGGGCAGAGGUUCCGAGGAACAUGGUCAACACCAACCAAGCUGAGCCGCUGAGAGCAGAACCGGCUUCAAACCAAGUCACUGCUAUGAUUCCAGAAUUCAAUAUCAGAAUUGUUGCAGAAAAUACUGAAGACUCGACAGCAGAAUCUUCCAGCAGUGGAAGAAGAGAGAGGGACGGAGGCAUAGUCCCCGAGUGGUCGGGGUACUCGGAACAGUUUGCUAGUGAAGAAAAUGGGAUUGGAGGAGGAAGUACAACAUCUAGCUACUUGCAGAAUCACCAUGAAAUACUGAACUGGAGACGGCUUUCACAAACUGGGUAUUGGACUGAAGUUAAAAGUUCAAUCUUCCUAAAUAAUGCAAUGACUGAACAUAAGGCUUUCAGGAUCCUAAUUUUUUUUACCGGCUUGGCACUUGGUAAAAAAGGCAACUGGAGAUGCAAAGGAGAGGAACUUCAUAAGGGCCGUAACUCCGUGGACAGUAAACUGAGUAUACAUUUGGUAUCGGUUUAA